AUGCUGUUUACCAGGAAAGCCUCAGCUGUUUGCCUUUUUCUUGCCUUUGAACAGGUUCUUACUGCACAGACGCCUCUGUCAAGUUUAACUGCGUCUUUAUCCUUUUUUUCGGAGGUCGAAAAUGAUCUUGGACAAUGGGACUUUGAUAAAGGACCUGUGGUUAACGCAACAGGACAUCUGGUGUUCGAAACGGCCAAUUCCCUGCUUCAGCACUGGCCAAACACGCAUUAUCGUAUUGGUCAUACAAUAGUUCCAGGAACUAUUCCCGUGGGCACUAUACUCUACCAUGGAGCCAUCGGUCCCAAUCCACCAACUGCCCUGGAUUGGGUCGCUGUGGAUCCAGACCACUCCAUAGUUUUUUGCCGGGGAUCAAUCGAAACAGGGUGCUGGCACGUCAUCCUUACAGUCACUCGGCCGAUGAAAGUGCUCUAUUUUGACGGAAGCAGCGCUGCGAAACUCCUUGAGGGCACAAUGGACACCCAAGAUCUCGUGGCAUGGUCGAAAAUGAAACCAGAGUGGGUGUUGAAUGAAAAACAGCGCAUAAAGGAUCUGUGUAAAUGGGGUCAGAAAUAUGGCUUGAAUGGCUUUGUGAGGAUGGAAAUGAAUUUUGAAAUCAUGAUAUGCAACUUCACCUCUCACAUGGAGGUUGUUUCGUUCUUAAAUCUCGAGAGCACUCGCAUCGGCAGCGGCCCGCCUACGGAUCUGCCAGAAGACCCCAAUACCGGUGAGCGGCCAUGUCCAUUGCAUCACGCUCUUGAAAUGAUGCAUUCUACUUCAUCUCGCGAAAAUUAUCCAGGAGAAACCCGAAUUAUUCUUGAUUUUUCUGGGCUUGUCUCUUUCUAUGACACCGCUCUUGUUCCCUCCUUGGUCCCGCGUCGUGUAGGCUUGGAGCGGUGGGAUCAUCGAGUGAAAGGAAUAUCAUCGGAGGAUAUAGAACGCGUCCAAGACAGGCUAGCUCAAGUGUUAGCACAACCAUCUGUGACAGCCAGCGGCAUCGACUGGAAAACGGUCUUACGGGUGGUGGUCGAUCGAUAUGCCAACCGUCUGGAGCUCAUGCAGUACCAUUUGAACAUGACGAUGGACGAUAGAUCGGUCUUUAACCACGCAAAACAAAUCCAGAGACGACUACGCACCAUGCUUUUGCCCUACACUGUGUUUGCAGCCUUACCUCCUAAUAUCUCCGUCCUCGCCAACGCGACAAAUUUGUGGGCCGCGCCAGUUUUUCGUGAAUGUGCCAAAUCACAUACGGCCUCCAUGGUAGCUCGCAGAACGACAUUGACGCCUUCUGAACGUUUGCUCCUGCAGGCGGUCUGGGAAACUACGCAUGAAAUAUGCCGCGUCCUCACGAAGAUGUGGGCUUCUGGAAUGGUUUUGGGAGUUGACCCACUUUAUCCUCUGGAAAACCGCCCUGAAGCUGAUCACAUACAUACUCUCAUGGGCGAAUGGAAGGAGGAUGUGACACAGUUGAUCUCGUGGUUGGACUGGAGCGUGUGGGUGAAGUGUCGACCGGCCUGUAGUUUCGAGGAGAUGUGCUACUUGCCUACUUGGCCGUUGGGGUUUUUCCCGACUCCCGGCACACAACUUCAAGCUCAAUGGAACAAUGCUUCCUUAUGGCCGGAUCCAAACAAAGGGGAAUGGAAGAGACCGCAUCCCAAGUGCAUCAGACGGCUGGAGCCAUAUGGCUUUUAG